AUGGCUGCGAUUGAGGAAGAAAACAUGGAAAAUGAUGUCAAUGUUUCUAUCGUUUGGACAAAUACCAAGAUUGAAAUGCUAAUAGAAAAUGUUAAAAAAUACAAAGUUCUCUUCGAUGUCACAUAUAAAGAGUACAAGAACAAAAGUAUAAAAGAGAAUGCAUGGAAGAAAGUCGCUGAUGAACUGGAAUUUCCAGUUCACAUUUUUCAAACUAAAUGGAAAGGACUUCGUGACACAUUUACAGAAAAUGUUCGACGUGAAAAACUUCCAUCUGGAUCAGGAAGAAAGAAAGUGAUAAGAUGGAGGUGGUUCGAGCAUAUGCAGUUUGUAAGAGAUUGCAUUUCACACAGAACAAGUUCCAGUAACAUUGGUUUUGUGCCAACAUACAGUGAAAAUGAAGGAAAAGCUUGUCCAGAGAAAGGUGAAUGCAGUGAAAUUGAAUUACCAUUGCAAAGCAGUAGCACAUUGCCAUUGGAAGUUUCUUCUCCUGAAGUGUCAACCAACAACAAAACUAGUACAGAGAAGCUAGAUUUAAAAAGAAUGCCAUCAAGUGUGCAUAAUUCUCCGAUAAAGAAGAAAAAAAAUGUUGACCAGGAAGUUGAUAUAGCACUCUUGAAAUUGUUAAAGGAAGAUAAAAGUUCCAAUGUUGGCCAAAGCGAAACAGAUGCCGAGGCUUCCUUUGGAAACUCAAUUGCCCACACACUGAGAAGCUUUGAUAAUUAUCAGAAAGCUUUAGCAAAGAUGAAAAUCACAGAAGUAUUGUUUCAAGUUGAGUGUGGGUUGCCACUCACAGAAAAUUAA